CAGAGCUGUCGGCUUCAACUUCACCCAGAUCACGGAAAUGAAUUCAGUUUGGAUCUCACGUCUGCUGGUUUUCAUGUCUGCCCUGCCACGUGUGCUCUGUGGUGCUGAUUCAAAUUCGCUUUGCAAAAGUAACCGUCCAGAGCUAGAUCUGCAAUCCGUCAUCGACAAUCUCAUCCAGCAACAGAGAAAGCUCUGCACGUAUCAGUGCCUGACGAACGAAGAGAAGAACAGUGUCAAAGCUCUGAAGAAUCAAGUGGAGAAUGUCACUAAUCUCUUAUUUCAUCCUCCACUGAUCUAUAACAACAAGAAAUACGUCAUCUCCAAGGUUACUUACCAAAGUUCUGAUGAAGCCAUGACAUACUGCACGGCUUUUGGCGGCUACCUGGCCGAAGUUGACGACAAAAACGAAUACGCGGCCCUUCAAAAGUUCGUAGUCAGCACACCUGGUGUAGACAUGGUGCUCAUCGCAGGGACUGACGCUUCAAAAGAAGGAACCUGGAAAUUUCAACGCACUUUAGCGCCUAUGCCAGUCUUAGAUUGGUGCGCGGGUCAACCUGAUGACAGGAAUGUAGAAGACUGCAUGACCUUGUGGAAAUCAUACGGCACUAAAAUGAACGACAUUGGAUGUGAUUUCAGAAGUGCUGAUUACAGAUUUAUGUGUGAGCUACCUAAAGUUAACUAAGAGACCACUGGUCACUUUCUUUCCCUUUUUACUGUAUCUUUGAUUUAAAAAUACAAAUUUUAGGUACAUCUGUUAAAUAUUUGAUAAAGCAUAUUGUUAAAUGUCUUAGUCUGUAACAAAAACAUUGUUGAAAUAAAAUAUUUCAGGCAAUGUAA